GACAGGCAGUUUGCCGCGGUGGAACACAGCAACCAUGCUACAAAAUAGUUUAUUUUCAUGAUACUUCACGCAGGAUCAGCUAUGAAGAAGCACACCUUGCCUGCAGAGCUGAUGGCGGACAUCUAGUCAGUAUUGAAACAGAAGCAGAGCAAAGACUGAUUGAAAAAUUUAUUGAGAGUCUCUUAGCUUCUGAUGGAGAUUUUUGGAUAGGGCUUAGGAGAAAAAAGGAGGAGGUAGACAAUAGUACAGAGUGUCAGAACCUCUACUCCUGGUCAGAUGGCAGCUCAUCCAAGUUCCGGAAUUGGUAUGUAGAUGAGCCAUCCUGUGGGAGUGAAAUCUGUGUUGUGAUGUACCACCAGCCAUCUGCCCCACCAGGUGUCGGAGGUCCUUACACGUUUCAAUGGAACGAUGACAGAUGCAACAUGAAAAAUAACUUCAUUUGCAAAUAUUCUCUUGAGAAGCCAACGAAUGCUCCAACAGAGAAUUCUCAAAGAGAUGUUGCAACAGAGCCCUUGAACGCAGUAUUCCCAGAAGAACGCCACACGAAAGACGCUAAUGUAACAGUUGCAGAAGCCAAAGAACCUGUUCAGAGUCUUGCCUACAUCCUUAUUCCCAGCAUUCCUGUGCUGCUUCUCUUGAUGGUCAUUACAGCCAUCUUCUGGUUCUGGCUUUUCGCUAAGAGGAGACAGGAGCGAAUAGAUGUAAGUCCAAAGGAGGAAGAUGCAUGGCUGUCUAACCCCAGGAGGAGCAGUCCAAAUCUGGAUAUUUACAAAGUGAUCAAGAAGCAAUCAGAAGCAGAUCUGGCAGGAACCAGGCCUGAGACUAAGAAUUCUUCCUUCCGUACACAGGAAGAUAAAGUGCUUGACAGCCUCUCCAGGGAUUAUGAUGAUGCGGCAAUUAAUACAUCAACGAGUGGCUUUGUGACAUUGGCCAGUACUGAAAGUGGCUUUGUGACCAAUGAUAUCUAUGAGCUGUGUGGAGAUCGUGUGGGGAGGAGCAAGGAAUCAACCUGGGUGGAGAAUGAGAUUUAUGGAUAUUAA